GUCAAAGGGGACUGAAUUUCUGCAGGACAGAGACUGGAGGGAGACAUAGCUGUUCUCUGACCGCUUACAGGUUGUGGGACUUCUUCAGUUGUGCGUUCAAGAAAAGCAUCGAAGCAUUGGGUUAGGAGUUAGCAGCUGGAGAAGUAUGCGUUGUGCUUUUGCUCUUGGUCGGAAUCAACCCUUGAAAAAAGAGAAACCGAAAUGGAAAAGUGAUUAUCCCAUGACAGACGGACAGCUGCGCAGUAAGAGAGACGAGUUCUGGGACACUGCACCAGCUUUCGAAGGCCGCAAGGAGAUUUGGGAUGCCCUCAAGGCUGCUGCACACGCUUUCGAGAGCAAUGAUCAUGAACUGGCGCAAGCAAUCAUUGAUGGUGCAAACAUAACACUACCACAUGGUGCUCUUACGGAGUGUUACGAUGAACUGGGCAACCGGUACCAGCUCCCCGUCUACUGCCUCGCUCCCCCCAUCAACAUGAUCGAGGAGAAGGGCGACCUGGAGACUCUGGAUAUCCCGGACCCGCCGCCUAACUCGGGGCACGAAUGCCAGCUUCGUUUGCGCCUGUCCACAGGCAAAGACCUCAAACUGAUGGUCCGCAGCAUGGACACGGUGUACCACAUGAAGAGGAGGCUGCAUGCGGUGGAGGGAGUGGAGCCUGGCAGCCAGCGCUGGUUCUUCUCGGGCAGGCCACUCGCAGACAAAAUGAAACUGGAGGAGCUGAAAAUCCCAAAGGACUACGUGGUGCAAGUCAUCGUGAGCCAGCCCUUAGCGAACCCAACCCCGGUGGAAAACUGAUUUCUGCUUGUUUAUUGAUUCUUCUUUCCUCCAUCUCUGUCAUGGGAUUGGUUUUCACUGCCCUCUCUUCUUUCGGUUUGUCCUGCUAAUGGAUUGGUUCCAAGAAAUGACCAGCAAAAAUUCCAUCUGUGAUGGAGAUCUGCAAAAACAAAACAUAAAAAUGUAAACUGGCCUUUGGGGUUUGCCUGAUCUCGUAUUUAACACAACCAACAGCAAGCAGCACAGGGCAAGGGCAAAGAAAGGAGUGGGGAGGAGAAGGGAAAAGGGGGACAUGCAAAUGGGGGGGAAGAGGUGGUCUUUCACUUAAACAAUACAAAUAUGUAAUGAUUCUUAGAACUGUAAGUGGUGUCCUGAUCUACAGAGCAGGAGUAACACAGAGCACUUUUAUAAAAAAUAAAAAAUAAAUAUGAAAAUCAAUAUUCCAUAUCAGCACCACCUACAGUUCAUGCAAGACCUGCAGCUGCUCUGGGUAGGAGCCGCGCUGCGUGUCCAUGGGGAUCGUGUGUGGUUUGACCUAACUUACGUGCUUCGUCCGGGUGCUGCUGAGGCACCACGAGCCCUGGGUGGAGGAGCUGGGCUAGGGGCUCAGUCCCUGCCCCACGUGGGUGGCUCCUGGCGAUGCUCAGACCAAGCAAUUGUACAUUCCAAGGUGGCAACGCAGUCCUGUGCCAUUGCUGGCUCCAGCGCUGGGGACAUAGCCUGCCAGAGCCUUAGGCAAUAACUUCGUAAAUGUAUACUUUUGUGUACUGUACUGUAAACCCGCUACAAGACUGACUUAGCCUGAAGUUUACAGGCUGACUGGCACCCAAGUACGUGCCUGCCGCAUUACUGUAUGUCACUCAGAUCAUUAAAACAAGCGUUGAACAAGCUAGCUAAGGUGGGUGAUGCGCUGGUCUGCGAUUAAGGAUUAGCUGCAUGACCUUUGUCAAGUGGCACUGGUGUGCUCGCUCUAAUAGGUACAGGUUAAACUGCGGUUACACCCAAAUGUAACGGAUUGCAGCUUCCCCUGCUCGGUUCCUAGAGGGCACAAAGUGUGGAAAUAGUUAGGAGGACACAUGAGCACACGCAUCUCAGCUUUUCCUCUGAGUCUCAUUUGCAGCAGCAGCCUGUCUUCUAGAUCUGGUGAUCCUGUAGCCAGGACAGUUGGAGGUAUCCUCACCAACACGCGUCAGCAGCCCAGAGGAGCCCUUUUGGAAUACAAGAAGUCCUUUUCUAGUCUCAAAAUCUGAAUCAGAUGAGCAUAUCUGUGGGGGAAAGAACUUGAUGGUCACCUUGGUUAGAGAUGUGCUCGGUCCCUUGGCUGCUCUGCACCCUUGUCUGGCAAUGCCUUUGGUUGAGAUCAAAUUCCACGUUCCUUUUAAACUUGAUUGCUACUUGGCUUGUUUUUUUCAGCCAUUACUGAAAUUACUUUAUUUCUUCCGAAGUCUAAUGUCUAAUAUGCUGGUCAAGCUAAUCCUUUUUACUGGUUUCUGUCUUCCCUCUCUGAGUCUAGGGUCUAAACCUACAAUUGUCCCAACUCUUAGCCAUCUGCUAGUGAAACUGGUGGGUUUGGACUGAUGAUUGCUACCUGUUGCUACUUCAUUAAUGCCGUAGAACUCUGUUUCUCAGAAUCUAAUGGAGUUUCUUGCUCCACAAGCAUCAGUGUAGAGCCAGAAUGAGCUAAGGUCACGCAUGCAGUGUUGCAAGUCUUUCCCAACAGAUGGAAGCAGAUGCAAGAUUUACAUUGAUGUUGGUGCAGCCAGCUUCCACCUCUUGGCAAACCGAUCCACAUUCUCUGUGCAUUUCCCACUCUACCCCAAAUAAAUAUAGCUUUCAUUUUCAUCCCUGAGUUGUAUGCAAAGAGUUCCUGACAGCUCCUUAAACCCCAGUUCUGUACAGGAUGACUGAGGGGUAGUGGCAGAGAUGUGUAAAGGAAAAUUGGUUCUCUGUUCUCGUAAACACCCAAGUGACUUGGUUUUCUUUUUUCUUUUUGAAGAUGAAAACAAAGCUGAUUAAUAAUCUAGAACAAAAUUUUUCUUUUUCUUUUUUUUUUAAGACAAAUAUGAUUUAAUAUACUGGGGUUUUGCAGCCAGAUCUUUUGCAUUCCAGAGGAAAAAAUAUUUAUUUGAUAUAUAAACAACUCAAAAAUCUCUUGGAUUUUCACUGGUCAAAGGAUGGUUUUGUGCCAGGAAGACGCUACUUGUCUCAUAAGGCAUAAUUUAUAUCUUUGUAUAAAUGGCCUUUGCAAUGUCAUUACCUUCCUGCCCCUUCCGGAAAGGGGGGUGUGAGAUGGGCAGAAUUGUGAUAGCUGAUUAAGAAAGAGCAAAGCUGAAACCGGGAUGACAAUUCUGCAACUGCAAACACUAAAACACUAAGAUUUUUUGUAGAUUGCGCUUUGGAGAUUUAUUUUCCUUUUGUUCAGGCAGUUGUUACCAUGUCCUGGUUUUGAGAUGAGAGCUCCUUCUCUCCUUCCUCCCCCUCUUAGAAAAGCAUCAAUCAUGUUACGCUGUAACAGGUUACCGUGUUUUAUAUCAACUGUUUUAUGGGGGGGAGCAAGGCGAUGAUCUGAAGGCUGUGUCAUAAGUGAGCUUUGAGGAGAACAGAGACCUGGUUUAUGAAGAUGCCCUGUUCUCUGAUAACCUCUCUCCUCUCCUGUCCAGUAAGUACAUAGUUAAACCUGAAAUAAAUGGUAAAAUGCAUUUACAGAUGGAAGUGAAGAGGAGAUUAAUUUCUUUAUAAAAUGGCAGAUGUGCUAAGCACGUACCCUACUGGAACCAAAUUGUACAAGAUUUGUAUUAGGAAAGAAUUCAAAGUUUCCAAAGUAUAUAUUAUAAAAGUCAGUAACGAAAGCAUACAGCAUGUUGACUGACAUAUCCCUUGUACAUACCUGAAGGCUGCAGUAUGCAUCGAAGCAGUCAUUGCUGUCUCUGUGAAAUUCCUUGUCCUUUGAGGUUGUCUUCAGUGCAAGUGCAGGGGACCAGGCUGGGGCUCCUGCAGGACUCGUGACCGUUCCCGGAGCGGGGAGGAAGGGAGGGAGGCUUUAAGCGCAGAGCAGAGGAGGCACGGCUGAGGCAAGACUAAUGAAGAACCAAAAUGUCAUUUAGCUUGCAGGACCAGGUGCAGGUCUGCAUGUGGCUGCUCACCUGGAGGGGAUGGAGAGAAGCCUGCUGGCGGUGCUGCACCUCUGUAGCACGGGCAUACGCUCAGCUGUAAGCUCGGUGCUGCUGGCAGCCUGGCCUCUGCUGGUUUUUGGCACGUUGAUUGGUGUGGUGUCCUGGGCAGAACUGAAGUAACACAGCGGAUUUGUGAUGCACGCAGCCAUGAACAGCAAUGCCAAGUGCUGACGAGAGGAGUAAUAGGAUUUUCUUUUUGUUUUGUUAGACCCAUCAGCCCUUUGUGUCAUUCCUGAUUAAUUCUGGCCGUGAACUCAUGCCAGUAGAGUACAUUUUUUUGCCAUGUCACUGACAGGUCUGUUUGACAUGCUUCAGAGUUUUAUACUCUGUUGUUGCUUCUGCCUGGCCCAGAAGUAGUAAACCAGUGAAAGCCCACGCUCCUGCACAGCCUGAGAGGCAGAGAGGCACGAACGUUGCAGAACCUGCUGGGGAGCUCCAGGAAAGCCUCGGAUGCUGUAGGUACGUUGCAAAAGGAUGCUUCAGGUCAUCCUCCACAGUCAAGUGACAGCACUCCUGCAGAGCAUCCAGCACCCAAAAGCUUGAUUCACUUUUUGUGCUUUUCUGUUUAUUGGUGUUUUCUACAGAAAACAUAGCAGGGAACAGCUGCUCUGUGAAACCUCUUCUUAGUUUUCUGAGAGCCUUUUCUUCUCUAGAGCUUGGAAAACUAAUUGACGUGAAUGAUCAUUGUAACGAGUUGUUGUUUUUUUUUUUAAUAGCCACACAAAUGCUAAAAGCAGCAACAACAAAACUAAAAAAAGAAAACUCAUCCCAGGAGCAACCAGACAAACCCACAACACCUCUUUGCCUUUCACAGAAAACUCACAAGUUGGGGAGGAGAGGAAAGGGAUCCGUUGAUGCCACAAGGCAACACGUGCCAUGUGCGUAACACUUAGCAAACCAGGUGGCCAAGUGAUAAAAUAUUGCUGUAGUAUGACAUGCUUCUGCAUAUAUAUCUAUCGUUAGUAAAUAAUAUAAAAACUUCAAAAAUGCUAUUAAAAAUCCUAGUUUGUUACAAUGGUGGGAUGCUUUUAGCCAUGGAGUUUUGAAAGCAUUUUAGCUGUGUAAGUGUUGACGAAUUGAAUGCUGUACAUUUCUAUCUUCUUCAGAAACAAAAGUGGUAGCUACAUUUCUGACUCUUGAUCUGUAUUUUACAAGCUGUUUUUUUAUGUCACUGUAAAUACGUUCAAGACCCUGCACCUUAUGCAGAGAAUGUUUACGGUUUUUUUUAAAGAAAAAAAAGUUAAGAUUUUUGUUGGCUUUUUCACUCUGCUGCUCAGACCUUGUUAUGUUGAAAUAAAAGCAGUCUCUGUUAGAAAGGGGCUUUUUUCUUUGCCCUUGACCACUUCCUCCGUACGUCAGGCUCCCUCCUGGAUGACGGCUGGCAGCUCCUGGACGGCUCGCACCCUCUUGGAGCAGGGCGCAGAGGUACCUAGAGAAAGGAGUUUUUGAACACUUGCUUUGGGUGGGUGGGGGUGAGCUUUGUACGCUCUGCAAACUUUCUUGGGAGAAAAAAGAAAUACAACAAAACCUUCAAACCCCCUAGAUGUUGGUGAUCUGCCUUGCAAGCUCUAGGAAGUCUUUGAGUUAAACUUUUCAGCAGCUGUGCUUCUGUCUUCUCCCAAAGAAGAUGAAUGUCCUACUGUUAUAUCUGCAGCUACAAACACUUCUGUUGGUUAACGACUGUAUAUACAAGUCUGCCUGCUUUAAGACUUUCAUUUUCAUCAAGUGUUUUUGAUUGUUCUGCUCUGCAAACGGCUCUCCUCUUCCAUAUUUCAUUUAGACACUCCGUAGCCGCAUGUGUGUUGCUCUUGUUCCUAGGAGAUGGAGCUAUUGCUCUCCUUCCACGGGAGACGUGUACAUGCCACCGAACCUCCAAAAUUCAAAUAGUUGGAAGAAGAGAUGUGUUAACCAGCGGGCUUCUUCUGUGGACUUGGAAACCUUUAAUAAACGUGUCCACUGGACUGUCCCCGAAGAAGUAUGUUUCUGUCCUUCAAGCAGGACCACUUGUUGGGUAUUUAUCUGGUAGAACUCUGUAUUUGUAUAUUUUACAGACGAUGACCAUUUGAUCAGAGCCAUGGGGCAAACAGAGAACUUAAAAUCCUGACUCCUGCCUUAAAACUCCUAGUUCAUCUUGAGCUCCAAAAAUUCUGCACCUGCUUGUUUCAAAGUCCCUUUUUCCGUAGGAAAUUUGAAUCCAGUUAAAGGCUGGAGACGAUUUAAGGAAAUUGAAAUCAAAUUAAAUUUUAGCUGAUGUCUUUAUUAAAAUAACUAACUGGUCUUGUAUUAAAAACCCUGUUUGUGCCUCUCAAGUCCAGGGAAUGUUUAAAAAGUGGAGGUGGCUUUUGAGCAAUGAUUGAAAUUACUGCAUUAGCUGGAGAUCUGUAAGCCACUUGCUUUCGUAUGUUCUGAGCAAGAGACUUAGGUUUGUGUCCUCUCUGCCUCAUGGUAAUGGCUUUCAAAGAUGGCUGGUACCAUCAAAUUUGUACUUCUUGAAUAAAUAUCUUCAUUUUUAUGGUAAAAA